UCUCCACGCCAAUCCAUGAAAAUGCUUUGGAAACUGACGGAUAAUAUCAAGUAUGAGGAAUGUGAGAUGUUAGUUCACAGUUUCUCAGCGAUGGACCGUCACGACGGCACCAGCAAUGGGACAGCCCGUUUACCCCAGCUGGGAUCUGUGGGUCAGUCCCCCUACACCAGCGCCCCUCCGCUGUCCCACACCCCCAACGCUGACUUCCAGCCCCCCUAUUUCCCCCCACCCUAUCAGCCCAUUUACCCGCAGUCCCAAGACCCUUAUUCCCACGUUAACGACCCCUACAGCUUGAACCCUCUGCACGCCCAGCCCCAGCCCCAACACCCAGGCUGGCCGGGACAGAGGCAAAACCAGGAAACGGGGCUUUUGCACUCGCACCGCGGACUUCCUCACCAACUCUCGGGCUUGGAUCCACGAAGGGAUUACCGGCGGCAUGAAGAUCUAUUGCAUGGACCUCACGGCCUGAGCUCAGGAUUAGGAGACCUCCCCAUUCAUUCAAUACCUCACUCCUUAGAAGACGUACCGCACGUAGAGGACCCGGGUAUUAACAUCCCAGAUCAAACUGUAAUUAAGAAAGCCAAGCUGGGAAAUGCACGGGGGCUUGAAGAGUUCUGCUCUGGUCUUGGAUGUCUUCUAACAAUGCCCCAGAUCCUUCCGUCUUUGUGGGAAAGAAGGAGGCUAAAAGAGAUGAGGAAUGUCAGGGAAAUCGUUUUUCAUUUGGGGAAGAAGCUCUGUAAAGAACGAGGCCCCGUGUCCCUCUCCAAGUCUAACGCCAACGCCGUCUCCUCCAUCCCCAUCAACAAGGACACGCUCUUCGGCGGCGUGGUGAACCCCAACGAGGUCUUCUGCUCGGUGCCCGGCCGCCUCUCCCUUCUCAGCUCCACCUCCAAGUACAAGGUCACCGUGGCGGAAGUGCAGAGGCGCCUGUCGCCGCCGGAGUGCCUCAACGCGUCUCUGCUGGGCGGAGUGCUUCGGAGGGCAAAAUCAAAAAAUGGAGGGAGAUCUUUGAGGGAAAAACUGGACAAAAUAGGAUUAAAUUUGCCAGCCGGGAGACGUAAAGCUGCUAAUGUUACCCUGCUGACAUCACUAGUGGAAGGAGAAGCAGUACAUCUAGCAAGAGAUUUCGGUUACGUCUGUGAAACAGAAUUUCCUGCCAAAGCAGUAGCUGAAUUUCUCAACCGACAACAUUCCGAUCCAAACGAGCAAGUCACAAGAAAAAACAUGCUACUAGCUACAAAACAGAUCUGUAAGGAGUUCACCGACCUGCUGGCUCAGGACCGAUCUCCCUUGGGGAACUCUCGGCCCACCCCCAUUCUGGAGCCGGGCAUCCAGAGCUGCCUGACCCACUUCAACCUCAUCUCGCACGGCUUCGGCAGCCCUGCUGUGUGCGCCGCGGUCACCGCCCUGCAGAACUAUCUCACCGAGGCACUCAAGGCCAUGGACAAAAUGUACCUCAGCAACAAUCCUAACAGUCACACAGACAACAGCACCAAAAGCGUGGACAAAGAGGAGAAGCACAGAAAAUGAGGAUUUCCUUCCGCCUCCUCCCCCCUCUCUGCCCAACCAUCAGGCCUGGCCCUCCAUACAUUUCUGUUUCAGACUCCCUCUUCGCCCUGGGGCUACAGCUGCAGAAGCUCAGAGAUUUUUUUCUCUCCUAGCCUUUAGUAAGAAUGGAACAAGGCAACCACCACCAACACCACCCCUGCCUCCACCGGCCCCGCUGCACCUCUCGCGCUUCCAUCUCCCCUCCUCCUUCCUCCAUUACUUCCCAGUUUAAUUCCAGUUGCGGACCCAUCCUGGAGCCUGAGAAAAACGAACAAGGAGAUGGAGCCAAA